UUUUAAUCUGUGAGCAACUGUCUUUCUCUUUCUUUCACUCAAUUUAAUCCGGCUGUGCGGUGUGGUACUUGUAAGAAAGACUAAUAUUAUUAUAAAAUGGCUAUCGGAGACGUUAAAACUCCACAAGGUCUCAGUGAACUAAACAAAUAUUUGGCUGAGAAGAGUUAUAUCUCAGGAUACACACCUUCUCAAGCUGAUGUACAAGUUUUCGAGCAAGUAGGAAAGGCGCCGGCCGCUAGCUUGCCCCACGCUCUUCGCUGGUACAACCACAUCGCUUCGUACACCCCGGCCGAGCGUAAGGCAUGGGUUGCUGGAGUGAGCCCUUUGACCGCAGGCGCUAAACCAACAGCCCCUGCGCCCGCCAAAAAAGAAGAAGAGGAUGAUGAUGACGAUGUCGAUCUUUUCGGCUCAGAUGAGGAAGAGGAUGCUGAGGCAGCCAAAAUCCGUGAAGAACGUUUGAAGGCCUACGCUGAUAAGAAAUCAAAGAAACCAGCCCUCAUUGCUAAAUCCUCUAUUAUCCUUGAUGUCAAACCAUGGGAUGAUGAAACCGACAUGGCUGAAAUGGAGAAACAAGUUAGAACUAUUGAAAUGGAUGGUCUACUGUGGGGUGCUUCCAAACUUGUUCCGGUUGGUUAUGGAAUCAAUAAGCUUCAAAUUAUGUGUGUCAUUGAAGAUGACAAAGUAUCUGUAGACCUUUUGACAGAAAAGAUUCAAGAAUUCGAAGAUUAUGUCCAAUCUGUGGACAUUGCAGCCUUUAAUAAAAUCUAAUCUGAUGCCAUUUAAUCCUAAGUUAUUUCUUCAUUAAAAUAUUCAUAUAAAA